AUGAAAGUAGAAGCAAAUAAAAUCCGUUUGAAAGAUACAGUCGCUACUGAAGUGGAGAAGAAAUUGAAAGCGAUGAAUAUAGGUUCCUUAACAAGUGAAACAGUUCAAAAUCCGAGAGGUCAAGAGAAUAUUAGUACUGUCACGACGAAAAAGAAAAAGGCCGCUAAAAAGAAAAAAGUUAUAUCAUCGGGCGAGCCGACUAAAGAGGAAAUUAUAAAGGAGACUAAACCGGUGAUUAAGUUACCCUACCCUCAGAGAGUGACAACGAAGCAACCAAGCAAUUCAGACUUGGAGAAAUUCAUGACAAUGUUUAAAAAGGUUGAGGGUCAUAUGUAUUUGUUUAAAGCACUCGAAAGAAUGCCCAUGUACAAGAAAUUCAUGGAAGAGGUAAUGGCUGAAAAAAACCAACAGCAGAAGAACAGGUUGGGUAUUAAAAAUGUCAGUGAUACAAAGACCAAUAUGAAGUUUGCGGAUCACUCAAGAAAGGAUGCAUAUGGUAUAGCAGGAGACGUACUGGUAACAAUAGAGGACUUGAUUUUUCCUGUUGAUUUUGUAAUCCUAGACAUACCUGAAGAUGAUGAGACACCCAUCAUUAUGGGUCGACCUUUCAUGCAGACAAGUCAAUGCAAUCUCGACAUGGACCAGGACACGUUAACCUUGAAAGCUCAUGAUAAAGAGAUAACAUUGAAGGCUAUUGAAGACCAAGAGCUAGAGAAAGAUACAUAA